UGGUUUGUGACAGUUCGUCGUUUGGGUGGUUGUUGUUGUUUGAACUCUUUUUUGCUCUUUUUGUAAAAGCCAAGGUAUUAUUAUUUCUUAAGAUGGAAAUGGACGACGGUUUUGAUGAUUUGCUAGCAGAUGUAUGUGAACCUACGUCUCCAAAACAACCAAAGUUGGAACAAAAUCCAGAAAUUCAACAACCUGGUACUUCAAAAGAAACAGUUUCAAAGCCAGCUUCAUCUAAAACUCACUGUGUUCUAGUAAACCAAAAGCAGAGAGGAAAUCCUUUACUGAAAUUUAUCACAAGCGUUCCCUGGGAGUAUGAUGACAUUAUACCUGAUUAUGAAGUUGGUAAAACAAUAUGCAUAUUGUUCCUUUCGUUGCGUUAUCACAAUUUAAAUCCCGAUUAUAUCAACAAUAGAUUAAAGGAAUUGGGUAAAAAGUAUGAACUGCGGGUGCUAUUGGUACAGGUUGAUUUAAAAGAUCCACACACACCUUUGAAGAAUUUAACAAGAAUAUGUCUGUUGACAGACUUGACUCUCAUGUUAGCUUGGAGUCCAGAGGAAGCAGGAAAAGUUGUAGAAAAUUACAAAAUAUUUGAAAAUAAACCUCCAGAUCAAAUCAUGGAGAAAGUGGAGAAUGAUCCACAUCAAAAGAUCAUAAAUGCACUUACUUCAAUAAAGCCUGUGAACAAAACUGAUGCAAUGACACUAUUAACACAAUUUGGUACAUUAGAAAAUAUAAUUAAGGCUACAGAAAGUAGGUUGGCUGAAUGUCCUGGCUUUGGGUCAACUAAGGCCAAGAAACUGUAUAAAGCUUUACAUGAACCUUUCCUAAAAAGAGGAAAUAUUAAAAAGAAUGAGAAUGAAGAAGCUGAAUUUUCAGGGGACAUAAGUAUUGAGGAUGUUGAAAAACUUGAAACAGAAAUUGAAGAGAAUCAAGGGAGCUGAUUUUAAAUAUCUUUGUGAGUGUGCUUGUUAUUUUUUGUAUAAGUAUUGUGUAUGUAAGUUUAUUCUAAUAAUAGCACAAGCAAUAAUACUGUUGUAAAGUUAAAUAACUUAAUCAGGUACAUAGUUAUAAUUAAUUUAAUUUGUUACCUCUCAUAAGCUUUAAUUGUUUACCCACAAUAAUUUAACAGU